GACACGCUAACCGGCAUGGCUAAAUCGACCCUGUUCACGGUAUGAUAAUCAAACAGCCCUCUAGGAAACGCCUUAGUACCUCACGGCACCCAACUAAAAUAUGAAUUGAAGCUCAGCCAAGCAUGACUAACAGACAGACCAGCCAAACUAUAGGUUUAUUAUAGCGAAAUAUAUAUUAUCUAAACAAUCAUGCAUUUGACACUUAGUUAUGAAUUUGGACACUUGAAGAAAAUAUUCAUUUUUACCAUUUGUUUAUGUACCCGCAUAACACCAUACUUGAAUAUGAGCCAAAAAAUGUUUUGUAGGGUAACAUUGUCAUCGUUCUUGCUUGCAAUUUGAGCUAAUGUAUUACAUUGGAUCAUCAAUGUACGUAUUUACAUAUGUAUAUGUGCGUAUGAGUGACCUUCGGUUUGCAACUAACUUAAAUGUGUGCGACGCUUGCAUUAGCACAAGCCAAGAACAAAUCAAUCAGUUCCUAUUCGUACGCAACGGUCGGUUGUUCAAAAUUGUCAAUGCACUCUGCCCGAUAUAUGUGCAAUUCUAUAUAAUAUACAUACAUACAAAACAUGGUUGAGAUAAGUAAACUCUAUCAACCACCAUAUAAUUGUUUGACCUGCUCGGAGCUGUUAAUGCAUGGGGGUCUAACGUGUAAACAGUUGUUCGGGUGGAACUGGUACCGUUGUUCUAUGGGAUGCCUGAAAUAUUUCCUGCCGUUAGCUGUUUCACCAUUAGUGCUUAGGCCGCGAAGCUUGAAUCGUGAAACUCUGUUAAAUAUACUACGCUAUUAUUUGGAAACUUCGCUAUGGGGUUCGACCAGCACUGCUUUGACUUUCUACUGCAUUUGCUUUUACAGGCGUCUGUUUGGAAGAUACUACUUAUUGAGUGCGAGUUUUUUGCCAGCGUACACAGCGUUCCAGUUAAGUUGGUUCUAUCCCAUUCGUACCGUGCGACUUUUCGGCACGGCAACAACACAAGCGAUUUUAGAAACUUGGCUGCGCAAACAAAACUACUUCAUAACACAUUCCUUACCCAUUCAGACACUCGUCUUCAUGCUCUCCAGCGCCAUUGUAUUACAUUUUAAGCGCCGUAAAGAAUUCAAUGGUUUCUGGUUUAUACAGCCCAACACAGAUGAAUUACAACAAAAGGAUGUAGAGAACUUGGAAGAUCUUAAAAAAUCAGGAAAAUGUUUACAUGAGGGCACAUCGUGUACAAAAUAUAUUUUGAAUGGAAUGAGCAGUUAUUUAAUGUAUGGCGUACCAUUAGAUUUACUGAGCACUAUAACUAAGAGGAAGAUGCCAAGACGUUUGAGUGACUUGAAGAUGAUACGCUUCGAAAUGACUGCCUUUUUUCUAUCCUAUGUGGGGAUAUAUAGAUUGUCAAGCUGUCUGUUAACACGCUACACACGCUAUGGCACAGGACAACACUUGCUCUCCGCCGGUUUGGGUGGUCUUUCAUAUUUCUUCCUGAACAAACUGGAAUUUAGCGUCUUGGCCUUUGUGAUAGCUGUUCAAGCAUUUUGGCAAUCGUACUGCUGCCAACAAGUAGAGAAGCCUGAAAAUAAAAUAACAACAUUUCUAAAAAGUGUUCCGUUCGCUAAAUUGUUAGUUCCAUAUAACCUCGCCUAUUUAACGCACGUUUUUAUUUUUCACAAUGACGCCUUGUCAAAGAUAGCAAGAGGAUUCUUUCGCGGUGCGACGGAUAAUCGAUUUGAACAAAUGCAUCAAUAUAUAUUGGAUACGCUAGCUCAACGCGAAAGGAUGCUGUUAAGUUAACUAUUUACUUAAAUUACCUAAAAACGAAAGUUUUAUGUGCGUAAUAUCACAAAUAUAUAAUUCUCAGCAAGCCACUUAGUCCACAAUUAAUAAAUCAUGUGAAAGUUUGAAAAACAGAUUUAAAAUAUGAA